AUGGGUGAGAAUAAGAAAGACAAAAAAUACCAAACUAAAAAGCGACCUUCUACUUCCGAAGAACAGAAAUCUUCACAUAGGAUAAAGAUAUCACUCAAAUUAAAGAAAAGUGACGAUACUGAUAACCAGAAGAAUGUCAGAAUACCGUCAACGAAACAUUAUAACGAGACAUCUACCGCGGCAAAGGAUCAUAGACAAACUAAGCGGCGUCGAAGGACAGUUAACAAUGGAGCCCAGCUACCAGAAAUUCACAAGCCUCCCAAGCUGAAAAUAAGACUAAAACGUCCAGGGAAAACGAACAUCGAGCAAGCAAUUCGCAAAGAGCGUGUUUCUAGUAAAGUGCAAGAAAUUCGUAAAGAACGCGUUUCUAAUAAAUUACGGUCCAACCAGAAGAAGCGUAAGGAUCUUGUGAGUGUCAUGAAUAAAUUAUUGGAUGCAUUUGUCAAGAAAGAUGCAUACGGUUUCUUCCUUGAACCAGUCAAUACGGAAAUGGUCACCGACUACUUGACGAUCAUAAAGCAGCCGAUGGACUUUGGUACAAUGAGACGGAAAGUUGCAAAAAAGGAAUAUCAAACAAUGGAUCACUUCAAGGCUGAAUUUGCCUUGGUCUGUAACAAUGCCAAAACAUAUAAUGCUCCAGAGACAAUUUACUAUAAAUGUGCAGAUAAGAUAUGGCAAUAUGUGGCCGAAGGUGGUAUAAGAGGAAAUAAGUCAUUCGGCUUUGCAGGCUCAUCUACAUCGAAGGGCACCAAACAGUCAAAGAAAUCGAAGCGCAAUGAUGGUGGACGUGGCCAUAUGUACUGUUCGGAUGGUUCGCUUGAUAUAUCUUUCUAUCUAAAGAGGAUGGAGAAACCAGAAUCAUUUGGACAGACACCUCUGCUUACGGUUAUAUCAUCCUCUAGGUUAAUAGGCGAACGCAUUGAGCGCGAAGCCACAUUCCUAGACUAUGGUCCAUAUGCUACACUCGGGAUAGAUCCUCCUCAAAUCUCGACACAGGGAAUGUCACACAUGUACAAUCUCUACGGAGAUGAAAGAGGCUAUGCAUACGCAAGGAGUUUACGCACCUUUGUCCAAGGUAUCGGACCGGAAAUUGAGGAAUAUGUAGAGAAUACUCUUGACAAUCUGUCACGUGGUGCUAUGAGCAUAGAUAAGAAAGUAGCGGCUUUAUGUAAAAUGGAUAUAUCUCCAGAAGACGAAAAGAUGUCAGCUAUCGUAUCAAAUAAUGAACUUGGACAAGUGGAUGUGAUGAAAGAACUUGAGAAUAUAAGGAAUGCUCCCGGUUUUAGAAAGAUGAUAUCUGACCUGGAAAGGUGGAGCACGGAGAAAAUAGAUAUUCACAUGUUGGGAGUGGAUCUGAACAGUCAACCGGUACCUAAGAUGAGGAAUAGUCGACAAAAUACUGCUGGAUGGAAGUGUGCGAAUUGCCUGACUUCUGUUACUCCUGGGUGGAGAGCCGGUGAGACUCCAGAGCAGAAGUUAUGUAAUGCAUGUGGUCUGUAUUAUGCGAAGAACAAGUCUCAUAGACCAGCCAAUCUAUGGCAAAACCAAGUUGGUGUAAUCACUCAGAAGGAUCAUUUGUAA